AUGCGCUUACCAAUAGCUCUUUUGCCCUGUCUUGGCGUGAUAGCAGGCGUCGUCGGAAGUGACGGACCAGCUAUCGUUCCUCAUAGCAUCGACGACAUCCAAAAGACUCUGUAUAGAAAUGAUUGGGCGGAUCGUAUAUGGAAGCAAAUCCAGGGUGUUUCGUCUUGCUCAGGAUGCCAGGGUUUGUUGUUGACAUUCAAAAGCCUCGCGAAUCUGGGUGAUAGAACGUUUAUAAAUACGCUUCAGGACGUGUGUAAGAAAUCAAAGGUUGAAGAUGCAGAUGUUUGCGAUGGAACUAUCGAGCUUCAAGGGCCCAUCAUCGCCGAGGCGCUGAGAAAUGUAGCUAUCGGUUCAAAAACAGCACAGCACUUCUGUGUCACGUUUCUGGGUCUUUGCAAUUACCCAACUGUGGAGGAGUGGGAUGUUCCUUUACCGCCUGAUCGGUCUCACCUAAAGCGUCCGAUUCCAAGCGGACAAGAUCCUAUCAAGGUCGUUCACUACUCUGAUAUCCAUGUUGAUCAGCUUUACACUGAGGGUGCAAAUGCGAAAUGCAACAAGCCAAUAUGCUGCAGACCCUUCACAGAGGGUGAUGAACCUGGAAGAACAGAGUCUCCAGCAGGUCCCUUUGGCGAACACACCUGUGAUUCUCCCCCUUCUCUUGAGGACAGCAUGUAUAAAGCAAUCAGGGAGAUAGUCCCGGAUGCAGCUUUUACCAUCUUCACUGGAGACGUUGUUGACCAUUCAAUCUGGAACACCACAUGGGAUUAUAAUGAGCAUCAAAUUAUUGAAUCCUACGAACACAUGGAUAAACACCUUGGUAUAGUCUAUGGCACAGCGGGAAACCACGAGUCUCAUCCUACAAAUGCCUAUCAGCCCAGCUCUAUUGGUGAUGCGUCCUCAUGGAUUUACGAUCUUCUUGCCGGGACAUGGUCUCGCUGGAUCGGACGCGAAGCAGCUUCCAAAGCAGCACAGAUAGGCGCCUAUUCCACCAAGUAUCCCCACGGAAACUUGCGUGUCAUUUCUCUCAACACAAACCUGUUUUACCGUGGAAACUUUUGGCUGUUCCAGAGAAAGAUGAUCCGCGAUCCUAGUGGUCAAAUCGACUGGCUUGUCGAAGAGCUUGAUGCUGCUGAGAAAGCUGGAGAGCGAGUUUAUAUCAUCGGUCAUAUGCCCCUCGGUGAUCGGAAUGCCUUCCACGACCAGUCAAAUUAUCUGAACCAGGUAAUCAACCGAUAUUCGUCGACUAUUGCAGCCAUGUUCUUUGGGCAUACUCACAGAGAUCACUUCCAAAUAACCUACAGCGAUGGCCCAAAUAAAACAUUCAACAAUGCUCUGCUCACAUCAUAUGUCGGGCCUUCCCUCACUCCAACAUCAGGCAUGCCAUCAUUCCGUGUCUACGACGUCGACCCCGUCACAUUUGCAGUUCUAGACGCCACUACCUAUAGUGCUGACAUGAACUCUCCGACGUAUCAAACUCAAGGUCCUGUGUGGAAGAAGUACUACUCCGCAAAGGAAACAUACGGCACACUUACAAGUCCGGUGCUUACAGACCCCAAAGCGGAGCUUACUGCAGCGUUCUGGCACAAUGUCACAGAAGUGUUUGAGAAGAACCAAACAGCUUUUGAUAGCUUUAUGCUGCGUCUUAGCAGGGGCUAUAAACAGCCGGUAUGCGAGGACGAGUGCCGAAAAUCACAGAUCUGUCUGCUGCGAGCCGCGCGAAGUCAGGAUGGUUGCGAUGUUCCCACUUUGGGUUCUUCAUAUCAUACAAGAAUGGAGGAUAGUGCUGAGAGGGACGAGUGUGGAAUUUCUGUUAUACAGGCUACAUUCUCAGCGCUGGUAGCCAAGGAGGGAGUUCUGAGGGUUUUGCAGGAUAUAUUGGCGGAGUUAGAUGUCAAGCUGCAUGGAUGA